AUGUGGGAAGGACUAUUCGAACCAACUACCUCGGUCACCCUUGACUACAUUGAAGAAGACUAUAAGGUUACUCAGCGCUUUGUAUCCACGCUUGUCCUCUCUCACAACUCAAGUCGCUACGUCGAUCUGGAACAACUCGAAUUCCUUCUUACGCCGCAGGAACGGAUUUGUUUGCCGCUUGCUCGUAAGGACGAGUCGACCCGAUUGACGCUGCCUUUCUUGGAACUUGACGCGUAUCAUACGGCCCGCAGAACCUGGGAGUCACGGUCUGACAUGCUGUUCGUCAUCGAAGACGAGUCGUGUUUCAGUGGAAAGGGCGUUCGCUCGAUAUCCCAAUCGCUCAAUUUCGUGGAAGGGUCUCAGACGGUAAUCAUCGACGGCAUGCCUGUACACAAUACAUCCGCGGACUGGGCUUCUCAUCUAAGAACCCUCAACUCUGCCGCCGUGAACCUGCCGAACGAUGUCGUACUCCAACCGCGAUUGCCACACCGGGCUAACAGAUUGUCACGCCGGAACUUCGUCUCGAGAGGCUGGGACGAGUUCAAGCAGAAAGGACAUGACGUAAAAGAAGCCGUCGAAAACAGCGGCAAGCACGGCUGGGACACGGGGAAAAGCGUGGCGGGACACGCUAGGAACGGCGAGUGGAAAGAGAUCCCCGGCACCGCCAGUGACGGCUACGAAGAUGUCAAAGAUGAUUGGAGGAACGUCGAGUUAGGGCUCGAGCUCAACAAUUCUUUCCCGUACAGCAUUCACGAAAACCUUGGAGAUAGAAAGCUGAUUGCCGGACGAGAAGGGAUCCUUGCUUUCACUCCUAUGCCAAACAUCUUCUGUGUAAAAUGUUGGAUCCACCUGGAUGCGAUGAUAUACUACGACUUCGAGUUCGAUGUAAAUCCGCUCAACGCAGAUGGAGAAAACCGACACGGUGUUGAACGGGUCCUGAAGAAAGCAAAGGCAGGCUUCAGGGCGAUGAAGCCGAUAGAUAUACGGCUACAACUCGAAGUCGAUAUCGACGUCAGUGUGGACAUGUUUUGUCACAUUCCCAUUCCUAGCCUUGCCAUCGUUCCUCCAGAUACUCCUAUUUGCUCCCUGGGCUACACCGUAAACAGCAUCCUAUGGGACGGCCGAAGCCUUGGCAAGGACAAAACAAAGGACAAAACAAAGGACCAAGCAAAGAACCAAGCUGGUAAGGGAGUCGGCAAAGGUGGCGAGAACAAGAAGGGUGUUGAGUCGAUUGACAGUGGUAUCGGAUUCUUCAUCUUCUUUAACGUGGGCGUAACAGGGACGUUGAACCUCACCUUGCCGGGCAUGCGCUGGACAAUGGAGGAAGGUGCAUCAGCUGAGAUCGACCUGUUGGCACCUGACGCUGUGGAUGUCAAUCUCCCCGGUAGGCUUGUGGUUCUGGAACCAGCUCUCAAUGUUCAAGGACUCGAUCUGCAUUCGUCGAUAGGGCUGCGGGCAAAGAUCUCAGGUAAGGUUGUCAAUCCAGGAAUACCAAAAUGGGCACGACCGGGGUUCAUGGCAGCGCUUGAUAUUGGACGGCUGCCGAUGAUAAUAAACGAACCGCAGGGUGUUGACGCGAAAUGCUACCCAGGCGGACCGUACGAACGCGCCAUCGGGCUCUGGAUCUUCUUCAGAGCCGGCUUCUACGCAACCAUCACCAUCGGCCCUGUGAACUUUGACACGAACAGGCUCCUCGAGAUGAAGUUUGACAAUCUGGGUUAUUCAACAAAUCCGGAGUUGCUGAAGGCGCCCCCGCUCAACAUCUUCGUACCGAUCUGGCAGCGCUGCUGGCCGGUCACUAAAGGUGUCGCUGGCCGUUUCAACGAGUGGUUCGGGAAGGUGGUGCACCUGGCGUGGCCGGGGAAUCUCGUGAUCCCGUUAGGUGGAAACAACAAACGGCCAUCAAGGAGGCGCGCUACGAUUGAUCCUCCUUGA